AUGUCUGAGACCUACGAGACGGACUCUCAGCUGCUGCAGGUGGGGAGGGGGGCGGCUAGUACCCCCAGCAUCGUCCCGGGACUGCUUCCAGGGCUGCAGAGCGCCGAAGCCAGUGCUCUGCAAAUCAGGAUCAAGAACUCCAUCUGCAAAUCUGUUCAGUCCAAAGUGGAAAUUAUUCUGCAAGAUGUUGAGAAGUUCUCAGAUAUUGAAAAACUCUACCUCUACCUCAAGCUGCCUUCUGGUCCCUGCAACACCUCAGAGAAAUGUGACCAGGCUACCCUUUCUUCAAGUCGCACACAGCAGACACAUGCAUUCAACUGGAUUCGUAAUCAUUUGGAGGAGUUUCCGGAGACUUCUCUUCCAAAGCAAGAGGUCUAUGACGAGUACAAGAGUUUCUGUGACAACCUCAAUUACCACCCUUUGAGUGCUGCAGACUUUGGGAAAAUGAUGAAAAAUGUCUUUCCAAAUAUGAAAGCUCGUCGACUGGGUAUGAGAGGAAAAUCAAAAUAUUGCUACAGUGGUCUAAGGAAGAGACCGGUUGUUCAUGUCCCAUCUUUACCAAGUCUAGAUUUAAAUAAACCUGGAGAAGGACUACAGUGUGACAUACUUGACUCCUCCGCACAAAUGAGUGGCAUAAAAGAAGAAAUGCGCUUUGCUGCUUGUGAUCUUGUUUGUGAAUGGGCCCAAAAAGUGUUAAAACGUCAGUUUGAUGCAGUGGAAGACUUGGCUCGUUUUCUUGUCAGCAGUCACUACAUAAGCAACAAGUCUUUGGCAGCCCUUACGAUAAUGACUGAAACUGCAACAGAGAGGAGGACUCCACAGUCUAUGUCAGCUUUCGUUCCGGCUGCAGACAUGAACACGUUUCAAUCUCAAGUUACAACACUGUCGCCCCCUUCUGUUGAUGCAAAGCAGCAACUACAAAGGAAGAUCCAGAGAAAGCAACAAGAACUGAAACUGCACUCACCAACUCCGGGAGAAGACCCAAACCAACAAGAGACCAUUCUGUGUAAUGAUCCUACCACUCCACCUCAGCCACCCGUAGGCAUAAUGGUAGCAACUGUUCCAAGCCCCAUUAUGACUCAAACAUGCAGACCAUUAAUAUCCCCAAGCCCAGCUGCUUCAAUGGAGAGCAAAGUUCUUCCACUUAAUUUCCACAUGGUAAACCAGUCAAUUUCAAAGCAGAGUCUCAAAUCCUCCCAAAAUGUUGUCUUCAGUUCAGCAGGGUCAGGACGGCAGCGAUAUCCACAAAUUCUUCCAAAACCACUGUCUACAUCUGCGAUUGCCCUACGAUCACCUUCAACAAUGAUUCUUGCACACAGCCCAAUGAAAACUGUGAUGACGACCUGUCACGUUAGUCCUGUUAGUUUAGUCAAAAUGACAUCAAUAUCUCUGGCACCUAACAGUCAUACUGCCACCACCUGCCUCACCAAUGCUACUCUCAGGCCAGCAUCGGCAGAUAUCAGCAGCCCUGCAGAGGAAUGCAGACCUAUUCAAAAAACUAUGAGAAGUGCUUCCACUGUGCCCAUUCUGGCACCUGUGACAAUGCAACAACAGGCGGUUGCAGACAGCAAUAACAUAGAUGUUGAAAUGGAAGUUGAGGCUAUUCAUGAAAGCAGCCAAAGGCGUUUUGCUUAUCCAUGUCGAGAGGCUAAACAGCGGGCUGCCAGUGUACCUAUACCACAAACAAAGAAGCUUUUUGGAGUGGAUGAAAUGGCAUUCAGUAACUGCCAUGAGAAGCCUUCUUUAAGCACUGUCACUGUGGCAAACCUCACCAAAAGUAAAAAUAAUCCUGAUCUUGCAACAUUUUCUCCUCACAACACAAGCCCUUCUUCUUCAAUGAAAAUCAGCCUUACACAGUCACCUGGAGGAAGCAGGAAUAUAUCAUUCAUAAAAGGAAAUGUUACGUCAACAAAGAACAUAAGGAAACGACCAGGCUUCAGCCCAGACAGCUGUAAAAUAUCUCCAAGUAAACGGUUCUUUGUGCCAAAGCAGAUGCUGGAGGGGUCUACUGAUCCUGAAAGUGGUAUAAGGGCUACGCUGACUAACAGUCAUGAAAGCCCCACUCGCCCAGAAAGCGCUCCAGCAAGCCGGGAAGUUGAGAUCAAAAUGAAUUCCAAUAUGACUUCCCAGAGUUACACCCAUGCUUCCUCUUUAAGAAGCAAUAGCUUUUACUCUUUAGCUAACACAGAGAGUUCAAUGCAAAGAAAAAAUACCCUUGUUAUGGAUGGUAUUACUUCACCCAAUCAUGUAUUACUACAGCAACAUCAAAUACAUAAUGUCAGCAAGCCUGCAAGCAACAUUUCGGUUUCAAAUUCAAACGAGAGUAUUGAUGGUUCUCAAACAAUCUAUCCUUUGCAAACACACUCUGCCACUGAAAAUGUGCACUUUUUCAACCAAGAUAUUUCAACAAAUUCUGCUACCGUGCAACCAGAUAUUGACUAUUUUUCCUUUGAUGAUGAUGUUACGCAGGAUAGUAUUGUGGAGGAGUUGGUGCAGAUGGAGGAGCAGAUGAAACUUAACCUCAAAGACUUUGGAAACUGCCAUUCUCUACAGUGCCAACAACCUGGAAUCCAAGAGAACAUGACUGCCACUUAUCAGAACAUGAAUCCAUGUUACCCAAACACAAAUAAUCAUUGCAAUCCCAUUCAAACUCCAACACCCACACCGACACCCACUCCCACGACAGAAAUGAUUGGAGGAGCCCAAGUCCUAACUGGGGAUAGUCCCUGUUCACGCAUGGCCUCAACAACACCUGUGGAUAGUGCCCUUGGAAGCAGCCGUCACACCCCUGUGGGAACUCCACUCUCAAACUGCAGCAGUACUGUCCCACCUAGUCCAGUCGAAUGCAGGAACCCUUUUGCAUUUACUCCUAUCAACUCCAGCAACACUGCUUUUCAUGAUAACAUCAAUGUUACAAGCAGCCCAGUAAAGCCUAUGCAGAGGCCAAUGGCUACACAUCCAGACAAGACUAGACUGGAGUGGAUGAAUAAUAGCUACAACAACAGCAGCAGUAGUGUAACCAAGUCAAAUAGUGGAAUGGGUAUUGUACCUAGCUAUCAAGGAUUGAUAGACAACCACUUUCAAAAACCUCAUGCUUUUGCUGUUCCACACGCAAGGCACCAGGAAAACACCUUUGGCCGUUUGACCCCCAUCUCUCCAGUGCAGCAGCAAGUAGCAAGCAUGGCAAAUAUGAGCAAACAGGAGGGCUUCGCUGUGCCUGCUCCUCUAGAUAAUAAAGCCAAUGCCCACUCAACGUCUUUUCGAUGUAGGAGUGUAAGCCCUGCUGUACAUCAAAGAAAUGUAAGUGUCAGUAUUGGAAGUAGUGCCAUUUCGAACACCCCACGUUCAGUCCUGUCUCCCUUUAACUCACCUAUAACACCGGAGAUAUUUAAUUUAUUUUCCAACAAUCAGUCAAACAUUGCAGUCAGUUGCAUGGCACAAAGAAGUCGUUCUGUGCCACUCAAUGUCAUGAUGCAAACUCAGGAAAUGCCACCACAAGGCCAGCCAUCCAGCACCAAACACCUGGGCACUGUGCUUCUGAACAAGCUGGAGAGGUCUCAUGAUGACACUAUGCGAGGUCUUGGAAUGAAUAAUUUACCAUCCAGCUACAGUGCCUGCAUGAACCUCAGCCAGAUACUUGAAUCUGACCCAAACAUUUCCUGCAGUGAUCACCACCUCUUGUCCUCGAACUCCUCCCAGAACACAGUUAAUGAGCCAACUAUUUUUGACAGCAUUAAAAGCAAUUUACAGUUAACAAGGGCUCAGUCUCAGCAGCAGAUACCAGCAACAGCAAUGCAGGACAAUUUCAGAUGCACUGUCCCAGAUCUGGUUCCACAAAACCGCCUUAGUGCCAGCAGUGCUGAGCAGAACUUAAACACAGGAGCAAACUUCCCCCAUGAACUUAGAAUGACAUCGGAUCUCUCCAGCAGCAUCAACGACCUUAACACGCUAGAUACAAACCUUCUGUUUGACCCAGAUCAUCAACAAGGGCAGUAUCUAAGUGAAACUCCAGAGGAGCUGGUCCAUACCUCAGUGUAUCAGCAGAUCACCAGUGACUCAACUCACUCUGGUGGACUGGAGUGGUUUGAGAGUAAAGACCAUUCAGCUGUUGGUUUGAUGGGUUGAGUGUAUUUAGGCGUAAUCAUGUUUUAUUCAUUAUUGUUUAUAAUUGUUCAUUAUUUAUAUUAUAAGCUUGAAUUUGUGAAUUUGUGUCAGUCUGUAUAAAAUGCUGGUCAUUUUAUC